UUGUUUUACGGAUUUAGGGUUUAAAAAUCUGGCAUAGCUAGCAGCCAUGGAAACAGCGUUGCUCAACUCAUUCUUAAGCUUCCAGAGGCCCCUUCUUUCCGUACCAACAGGUUAUCUCUUCUUUGAGACUCCAAAAACUGCAUUUCCUAUUACUAGUCCAAGACUCAAACUUUCUUCCAACUCGGCUCUCCUUUUCCAUAUCACUAGCUCCACGAACCCAUCUAGAAAGUGCAAUGCUUUAGGUGCUAAGAGUUUGAAUCACGAUAUUGAUGAAAUUGAAGAAGAUGAAGAAAUUAGUGAAGUAAGCGGGGGUGAAUCUGAGAGUGUGGAUUGGGAGGCCAAGUUUGUGGGAGAAUUGGCCAAGAAGGGGAAAAAUCAAUUGCUCCAUGACACUGAGGUCAUGGAUUGGUGUGUGAAGGCUAGGAAGAUUGCCCUUAAGUCUAUUGAGACUAGAGGAUUGACCCCUGUUAUAAAGAAUAUGGUUAGUGGAAGUAAGAAAAAGAAAAAGAAGAGUAAGCGAAAAUCUAAGAUUGAAAAGGUUAACCGACUUGCCAAAAUGGAGGAGGGCUUGGAUUUUGAGUCCGAGGAGGACGAUUUUGAUUUGGAUGAUGAGAACUUAUCAGAUAAAGCGAAUGAUAUCAGGAGGAAUAUAAAUAUGUUUGGUGAUGGUAUGUUUGAGGAAAGGAGGGCUAAAACUAUGGAAACAUUUAUUGAGAGGCUUUCCCAGUUUACAGGGCCAUCGGACCGUAGGAAAGAAAUUAACUUGAAUAAAGCAAUUAUUGACACGCAGACUGCUGAGGAAGUGCUUGAGGUUACUGCUGACACAAUCAUGGCUGUUGCAAAAGGACUUAGCCCUUCGCCUCUUUCUCCUUUGAAUAUUGCCACUGCAUUGCAUAGAAUUGGUAAGAACAUGGAGAAGGUUUCGAUGGCUACAACUCGAAGGUUGGCAUUCGCCCGUCAGAAAGAAAUGUGUAUGCUUGUGGCAAUUGCGAUGACUGCCUUGCCUGAGUGCUCCGCACAGGGUAUUUCAAAUAUUGCGUGGGCAUUGUCAAAGAUUGGUGGCGAGCUACUUUAUUUGUCGGAAAUGGAUAGAGUGGCAGAGGUAGCAUUGGCUAAGGUUGAUGACUUCAAUUCACAAAAUGUUGCUAACAUAGCUGGUGCUUUCGCUUCUAUGAGGCACUCUGCUCCAGAACUCUUUCCAGGAUUGUCAAGAAGGGCUUGUGCUAUAAUUCACACAUUUCAACCACAAGAAAUUGCUCAGUUGUUGUGGGCAUUCGCUUCUCUAUAUGAACCUGCCAAUCCAUUACUUGAUGCUUUUGAUGGUGUAUUUAAUGAUGCCAAUCAAUUCCAAUGCUGCUUGAAUAAUAAAACAUCUCCUUACUCUGAAGAAAGAGGAGCAGAAAGUGCCACCAAUGAACCAUCGAGAGUCUUUAGUUCUCCUGUCUUAGUCUUCAACCGGGAUCAGCUUGGAAAUAUAUCUUGGUCUUAUGCUGUUUUUGGGCAAAUGAGUCGAGUUUUCUUCUCCCAUGUGUGGAAUACUAUGAGCCAAUUUGAGGAACAACACAUUUCUGAGCAAUACAAGGAGGAUAUCAUGUUUGCUUCUCAAGUUCAUCUCGCAAACAAGUGCCUGAAGCUAGAGUACCCAAAUCUUCAUUUAUCUCUUGAGGGUGAUCUUGAGGAGAAAAUUUCUCAUGUUGGAAGAACCAAAAGGUUCAAUCAGAGGGUGACCUCUUCCUUUCAGGACGAGGUUGCCCGCCUUCUUGUUAGCACUGGGCUAGAUUGGGUAAGAGAAUAUGAUAUAGAUGGUUACACAUUGGAUGCAGUUGUGGUUGAUAAAAAAAUUGCUCUCGAGAUUGAUGGUCCAACACAUUUCUCUAGAAACUCUGGAUCACCGCUGGGACAUACAAUGCUAAAGCGCCGGUACAUAACUGCUGCAGGCUGGAAAAUUUUAUCUGUUUCUCACCAGGAAUGGGAAAAUCUUCAAGGGGGAUUCGAGCAGCUAGACUACCUUCGAGAGAUUCUCAAAGAUCACAUCUAUGAGGGAACAAUAAUGCCUUGUUAGAGGGAAUAAACAUAGAAUGAUAAUGAAAUAUUAGUACCUACAGUUGUAUAAGUUGUCUUCUUCAAUUUUGAUAUACAUAUUUUUUAUUUAUGAAAAAAUUUUAGGCCCCUCUUUAUUGCAAUAUUCUGUAAUCCCUAGAUAUACAAACUUGCAGCAGUAAUCUUCAACUUUCAAAUUGCAAAUUCAAUCUA